CACCACCCAGGCUCCCUUGCCUUUGGCUGGGUGCAACUUCCAUUUUAGGUGUUGGAUCUGAGGGGGAAAAAAGAGAGAGAGGGAGGGAGGGAGAGAGAAAGAAGAGCAGGAAAGACCCUGAAAGGAGGAAGAGGUGGAGAGAAUCAGCUGCCUUCCUGGAUUUGUCUUUCUCUGCACGUUGACGGAGCCUUGGAUUUCUUUCUUAAAGGACUGGUUCUUAGAAGUCCACAUUUGAGCUCUCUCCUUCCUGCUUCCUCCUUGCUGUGGUGGCUGGGAUGCUUCUUCCAUGAUUGUUUUGAAUCUAGACUGGGCUGUUCUCUGUGUUAAAUCAAUCAGUUACGACAUCUUAACAGUAGUGUGAAGUGAGGGAGGCCUCUCCCUCCUUCCUCCUCCCUCUGUGAUCCGCCUUCCCUUUUACCCUGCCCCGUGGCGGCUCCUCCCCUUACCUCCAUGGACGACUCGGAGGUGGAGUCGACCGCCAGCAUCUUGGCCUCUGUGAAGGAACAAGAGGCCCAGUUUGAGAAGCUGACCCGGGCGCUGGAGGAGGAGCGGCGCCACGUCUCGGCGCAACUGGAACGCGUCCGGGUCUCGCCACAAGAUGCCAACUCGCUCAUGGCCAACGGCACCCUCACCCGCCGGCAUCAGAACGGCCGCUUUGUGGGCAAUGCUGACCUUGAAAAACAGAAAUUUUCAGAUUUGAGAGUCAACGGACCCCAGGAUCACAGUCACCUUCUUUAUAGCACCAUCCCCAGGAUGCAGGAGCCGGGGCAGAUUGUGGAGACCUAUACAGAGGAGGACCCUGAGGGAGCCAUGUCUGUUGUCUCUGUGGAGACUUCAGAUGAUGGGACCACUCGGCGCACAGAGACCACAGUCAAGAAAGUAGUGAAGACUGUGACGACACGGACUGUACAGCCAGUCCCCAUGGGACCAGAUGGGAUGCCUGUGGAUGCUGCGUCAGUUUCUAACAACUAUAUCCAGACUUUGGGUCGUGACUUCCGCAAGAAUGGCAAUGGGGGCCCUGGUCCCUAUGUAGGGCAAGCAGGCACUGCUACCCUCCCCAGGAACUUCCACUACCCUCCUGAUGGAUAUAGCCGCCACUAUGAAGAUGGUUAUCCAGGUGGUGGUGACAACUAUGGCAGUCUGUCCCGGGUGACCCGCCUUGAGGAGCGGUAUAGGCCCAGCAUGGAAGGCUACCGGGCACCUAGUAGACAGGAUGUUUAUGGGCCCCAGCCCCAGGUUCGGGUGGGUGGGAGCAGUGUGGAUCUGCAUCGCUUUCACCCAGAACCUUAUGGGCUAGAGGAUGACCAGCGAAGCAUGGGUUAUGAUGACCUGGAUUAUGGCCUGAUGUCUGAUUAUGGCACAGCCCGUCGGACUGCGACACCCUCUGACCCUCGCCGACGCCUCAGGAGCUAUGAAGACAUGAUUGGUGAGGAGGUGCCUUCGGAUCAGUACUAUUGGGCUCCUUUGGCCCAGCAUGAGCGAGGAAGCUUAGCAAGCUUGGAUAGCCUGCGUAAGGGAGGGCCCCCUCCUCCCAACUGGAGACAGCCAGAGCUGCCAGAGGUGAUUGCCAUGCUAGGAUUCCGCUUGGAUGCCGUCAAAUCCAAUGCAGCUGCAUACUUGCAACACUUGUGUUACCGCAACGACAAGGUGAAGACCGAUGUGCGGAAGCUCAAGGGCAUCCCAGUACUGGUGGGAUUGUUAGACCACCCAAAAAAGGAAGUACACCUUGGAGCCUGUGGAGCGCUAAAAAAUAUCUCUUUUGGGCGUGACCAAGAUAACAAAAUUGCCAUAAAAAACUGUGAUGGUGUUCCUGCCCUGGUGCGACUGCUGCGAAAGGCUCGUGAUAUGGACCUCACUGAAGUCAUUACUGGAACCCUGUGGAAUCUCUCAUCUCAUGACUCAAUCAAAAUGGAGAUUGUGGACCAUGCAUUGCACGCCUUGACAGAUGAAGUAAUCAUUCCACAUUCUGGUUGGGAAAGGGAACCUAAUGAAGAUUGUAAGCCACGCCAUAUUGAGUGGGAGUCGGUGCUCACCAACACAGCUGGGUGCCUUAGGAAUGUAAGCUCAGAGAGGAGUGAAGCUCGCCGGAAACUUCGGGAAUGUGAUGGCUUAGUUGAUGCCCUCAUUUUCAUCGUUCAGGCUGAGAUUGGACAGAAGGAUUCAGACAGCAAGCUUGUGGAGAAUUGUGUUUGCCUGCUUCGGAACUUAUCAUAUCAAGUUCACCGGGAGAUCCCACAGGCAGAGCGUUACCAAGAGGCGCCUCCCAGUGUUGCCAACAAUACUGGGCCACAUGCUGCCAGUUGCUUUGGGGCCAAGAAGGGCAAAGAUGAGUGGUUCUCCAGAGGGAAGAAACCCACAGAGGAUCCAGUAAAUGAUACAGUGGAUUUCCCUAAAAGAACUAGUCCUGCUCGAGGCUAUGAACUCUUAUUUCAGCCAGAGGUGGUUCGGAUAUAUAUCUCCCUCCUCAAGGAAAGCAAGACUCCUGCCAUUUUAGAAGCCUCAGCUGGAGCUAUCCAGAACUUGUGUGCUGGGCGCUGGACGUAUGGUCGAUACAUCCGCUCUGCCUUGCGUCAAGAAAAGGCUCUUUCUGCCAUAGCUGACCUCCUGACCAGUGAACACGAGCGGGUAGUGAAAGCUGCAUCUGGAGCACUGAGAAAUCUGGCUGUGGAUGCCCGCAACAAAGAAUUGAUUGGUAAACAUGCUAUUCCUAACUUGGUGAAGAAUCUGCCCGGGGGACAGCAGAACUCCUCUUGGAAUUUCUCUGAGGACACUGUAGUCUCUAUUUUGAACACCAUCAAUGAGGUUAUUGCCGAGAACUUGGAGGCUGCCAAAAAGCUUCGAGAGACACAGGGUAUUGAGAAGCUGGUGUUGAUCAACAAAUCAGGGAAUCGUUCAGAAAAGGAAGUUCGAGCGGCAGCACUUGUAUUACAGACAAUCUGGGGGUAUAAAGAACUGCGGAAGCCACUGGAGAAAGAAGGAUGGAAGAAAUCAGACUUUCAGGUGAAUCUAAACAAUGCUUCUCGAAGCCAGAGCAGUCAUUCAUAUGAUGAUAGCACUCUCCCUCUCAUUGAUCGCAACCAAAAAGCAGAUAAGAAACCAGAUCGGGAAGAGAUUCAGAUGAGCAAUAUGGGAUCUAACACAAAAUUACUAGAUAACAAUUAUUCCACACUUAAUGAAAGAGGGGACCACAACAGAACACUGGAUCGAUCCGGGGAUCUGGGUGAUAUGGAGCCAUUGAAGGGCGCACCAUUGAUGCAGAAGAUUUAGCACCGCCGUCUCCGCUCCAUCUGGGCUGAUCAUAUAUGUACUUUUGUUUUUUGGUGGUGAAAUGGACUGAUGAUUUUUUUUCCUUUCUUCGUUGGACUAUUGUGCCAACUGCCAGGCUGCCUCCUGCUCUAAUAGCCCUAAGUGGCUGCCUUCUUUAUAUCAAUUCCCAACUUCUUCCAGUGAAGUUUAAAUGUCCUACCCACCUCCGCCCCUAUUCCCUCCAGUUUCUCCCAAGAAGCUUGACUCAGUUAUUUGCAUAUUUUGAGAAACUGCUGCAAAUUAGCUCUUUUUGCCAACUCUCCCUUGAACUCUUGGCCAUGUGUAGAGGGAGGGAGAGAGUGGGAAUCUUCUUCACUGGAAGCCAUGGGGAAGAAUUGGAACUUAUAUGCAAUAUAUGCAGUGUCGAGCAGUCUGACAAACUGAUGGUUCUUAAUCAAGAUUUUUUUCCCCUGGUGGGGAAGGGACUUUUUAUUUCCUUUUGGAGACUGGGAAGUAUGAGCUCUUCCUUUACUCCUAAUGGCUAUUUUUGAAGCAAAGAAGGCUGGCAACAUUGGCACAUUCCACCUGGCAAGGGCCCUUGAGUAAGUGAAGGUCUUCUAGAACUGGGAUUAAGAAAUCUUGCUCUGCUCACCUAUGGGGCAGGGACCAUCAAAGACCUACAGACUCCAUCUCUUCUACAAGCCUCAUGUCAACUUUGGGCUGCUGCCGCUGAGGCUAUCCUUAACCCUCCUCUCCCGCCUUGUGAUAUGUCUGCUGACUUGGCCUGGCUGUUUGCAAGAAACUGUUUAAAGAGGAGAAUGUCAAGGAAGACUUUUGAGAAGGAGCAGAAAGAUGUCUUUUGGAAAGAAGAGGAGCCUCUAGGAGGAGCUAGUAGGAAUGUACAUGAAGUGGUUAGUCUAAAACUGGCAGGAAGCUUCAAAGCUGGCUUCCCCCUCUCCAUUUCUCCUUGUCCUCCCCUUUCAUCCCCUGCCUCCUCCCUGGAUUGGUUGGCCAACUAAAGGACUUGAUGUAUAUAACUCCUGUCCCCGUUACCCUUAUAAUGUGGGGAUUGCCCCUGGCUUUGCCUCUUCUUUGUGCCUUUGGCCUGGGGUGUAUCUCCUCCCUCCCUUCCAUGUGCCUUUCUUUACCUCUGCAGUCUCAUUUCUCAUGAUUUUGCAAAUUAUAUUUUGUUGCUUUCUUGCCCACUAUUGGCCCUCAGUAAUAGAAAGAAGAGGAGAGGUGACCUAGAGAACCUCAGAUUCUCAGUUGGGGAUUGGCGUAGCUUUUAAUUUUAGCCAUAGCAAGCUUUUGCUCAACAGCAUCAGGUUGGGGUUUUGCAAAAAUCCCAUUCUGAUAAAUCUCAAAGUGAAGUUAAUGGGAGGAAUGCGUGGUGUGACUCUUGUUCUUUAGUUGCCCACAAUUUCCCAUCAUCUCUGAAGGGGUCGUAGGGAAGUCAUCUUUCCCGAUUUCCCCCUUCUUGCUAAUAUUGCACCCUCUUGCUUUAGUGUGUAUUAGCAGAUUGGGUUAGAGGAAUCAGCUGCUAUGCGGGUUAAUUUUUUUUUUUAUCCUUUUCCUUAUUUGCCUUCUACUCCCCUUAAUCUGAAAGCUCUGUUCAAUGCAACUGGAAUUCUUUAUCCCUCUUUUCCCCUUCCCUUAUAUAUUGAGGCUAUGGGGUAGGAGAAAAGUGCACAAUUCAUCCCCCUUCCCCAUAUGUUAAAACUCCUUAUUUGCCUUUCCCCUCCCAUUUCUUCCCAUUCCCUUCUACCUUAUGUUAUCCGUGACCCCCGGAGCACACUGCACAGGGGAAGUUGCCCCAUCCCCACCUGACUCGACUCUUGGUUUCUCUUGCCCUCCUCUGCUUUUUUCCUGGUGCUCUCUUUUCUCGGUGGGAUGUGGGUAAUAGAACAGCCAUGGGCUUUUGGGGACCUUUAACUGUUUUUUUUCCUUCUCUCAUUUAUAAAAACACUAAACAUUCAAUUCCAGAGAACCAAAAAUCCCACCUUCUCACCGAACACUACUAAGGGGCAUGCCUUCUGCUCCAUAUCUUUUCUCAUUUUCUUUCUCUCUUGUUAAUGCUUUUAAAAACAAAUGAGUUUUUUAUAUAAAUAAAGUUUUUAAAGUGUGUA